UUCAAUGUUCAGGCUAAUUUUUAUUCACAUUUUUACGAAGCUUUUGUAAUUGCGCGAAUCACUACACUCUUUCGCAUGCACCUGUCAAUUCAAAUCGGUCGAAUGGGACAGUUUGACAGAUACGAUCCGCGGUGACAGAUCGGCGCUGCGGUGUGUAUGUGUGUUUGCAUGUGGUGGUGCAUGUAGGGAGGGGUGUAUUUUCUUCUGUGUGUGCCGUGUACGGUGGCUCGCGUCAUUUAAUUUUAUCACCAAUUCAUCGUCGCAUCACAUUCGGCUGCACUGCGCUAUUGUUAUUGUGGAACGUUUGUUGCGAGCUACAACGCAAAGCAGCAACAACAGCUGGAACAAUCGAACGGAUCGAAACGGGAAGGCAAAAUUCGGCAAUUCAGUUUGUUGUGACACACAAAACCCGCGACACACGGACAGCACCAGUGGGUUAUGAGUUUGCGUUUCUUGCGUUGUGUUUAGUGUGGUCCUUCGAGCGUAUCCUUCCUUUUUUUGUUGCUGUUGCCGAUUGAAGUGCAGACGGUGCUGUAAAGAUAUCGCCGCUCCAAAGGUCCAACUGUUGUGGGUUGUGAAAUUGCGUCUCUGGUUGCGAUAGUUUCGCAGCUGGCUACAAAGUAAAUAUUGACCCUUUUGGCUCCGAUCCCCGCGGAGUUCCGGGCAGGUGAAGUGCACAGGUGGGAAAACCGGAUUGCUGGUAGGGGGAAUGUGCAGCGGGGGAUAAGCAUAUUCAUAGUGCCGCUGGUCGGACUCACACUGGCGUGUAUUGGGUAAAGCCCGGAAAGAAGAACUAACUGUACUCGUGCAUUAAUCUGAAUCGUCGUCGUCCGCUAGACACCGUAGGGUAAAGUAUUGUAGGUCGUGUUUUGUGUCGCCAGCGAUCUAUGUGGAAAGCGUUGGAUCCGCCAGAUUUGUCCAUCGCAAGCUACACGGGCGGUCAAACCUCUCAAGAGUGAAAGUGAACGAUUCGAACCCGUAAUCCAAGACGGCGCUGUGUUGAUUUCUUUUUUUUUUUUCGUUGUGCCUCCUGUUCCGUGGCACUCCGGCGCAAAUUAGUACGGUAUUCCAAAAUGUGUACCCCACCCCGGAUUCGACGUGUAUCGGUUUGCCGGGAAACGAUUCCCGCCAUGCCUAUCGUGCUACUUAUGCUAGCAUUAUUACAUACUGCCUAUGGCACCAAUUAUCGGAUAGACUUGACGUCCUCCGGAUCGGUAGUGCUCGGGCUGAACCAGACGAUCGAGUUCAGCGCCGUGCUGUAUACGGACGGGAAACUGGAGAAGGAUGAUUACGUCGUCGACUGGUCGGACAACACUUAUCCGCAGCACAAGCUAGAAGGUGUAACGUCCAAGAUUCCCCGCUUCAACUGGACGGUGAUGUAUGCACAUCCGGUAAAACCCGGUACGUACCAAGCAACGAUUACGGUGAAGAAAACUUUUGUCGUAAUUCCAUACGAGCUAAAGUCCGCAACAAUAUCGUUCAAUCUUACGAGUAUGCUUAACGGGCAGCUAAUGCUAACGCAGAACGAUACCGUGGUCAACAGUACGUACGUGUCCAGUACGCUUCCGCUAAACCAAACGAUCGCCCUUUCGGAGAGUGAUCAGCGUGCGCUUUCCAGAGCAGCUUACGUCCAGACGUUCUGGUUCAUAAACUGUCAGUACAUUGGCACCUCGGAUGAGCUUUCGACGCUGAGCAAUUUCACCCAGGAAAAUAGCACGUACACGGUAGAAGCUCUGGUUGUGGCAUCGUUUGAAAAGCUUCCGGAACCUACAACGACCACAACGACGACAACAACGACUACUACCACCACUACUACUACGACCACAACAACUACAACGACGCCAGCCACAACUACUAGUACGAGCACGACGACUACGACAUCCACGCCUACACCUCCUACUACGACAUCAUCCACCACCACACCUGCCACUACUACCAGCACUACACCCAAGUCGACCACCAGCACGACAAAGUCGCCGGCGGUAAGCGAUGGGUCGGGGUCCACCGGACCAAGCGAUGCAAGAAGGAAGCGUGAUACGGAAAGGGAACUGUUAAUUGGAUCCAAUCAAACGUCGAAUGUGCUUGAUGGCAUUAGUCCUGCCCUGUUGAAUCUUACCGAUCGCAAUAACAUUAUCCUGCCAGAUGUGUCGAAGGAAACGGUCAUGGAAGCUUCCCCCAACCAGGAUCCAUUUUUGCGCAUUGCCAAAAAGUCGGACAGGUUUUACAAUCUGGAAGACGCGCGCCAACCUUACAUCUGCGACAACAGCUCGAUGGUUGCGCCCGAUCCGAAAAAGGUGUACGGAUACUUCCAGCGAACCUUUACCGUGCAGCAUCCCAUUGCGAGGUUUAACGUGUCUGGACAGCAGUGGGUCAGACAGGGUCAGCCGGUUGAUCUGGUGUUCCAAUGCAGUGGCACACCUCCAUUUGAGUUUUGCUACAAUUUGAAUCAUGGCCAGCACAAUAUGACGAGCAACGAAACGUGUAAGAGCGAAUGGGAACCGUCGCGUACGGCUGAGUGUCGCUACAAAAUCCAUCGUUUCUUCUUCACCAACGAUCAAUACUCGAUCGUCAUUUUCGUACGCAACCGGGUGUCGAACUACUUCACCCAGAUUGGCAUACAGUUCUACGAGAAUCAACCAAAGUCCCAAUUGUCGGUGAUCAUUGUACCGAUCGCGUUCGGUCUGCUGGCCGUGCUGAUGGUCGUGUUCGGGAUGGCGUACUACAUUCAAAACCGGGACCGCUUUAUCGUGGAGGUAGCCGAUUUCAAUUUUGGCGACACGAGCUCGCUGGAUGACGACAUGGAGUACAAAACGUUCCACCAGCGAUUGGUGGACAGUUUGCGAGAUUCGGUCAGAAUACCGCGCUUCAAUUUCCGGCGCUCGAGCGCCCACGACGUGGAUGACAUUUCACCAUCGUCCGGUGCCGCCGGUGAAUCUUCGCUGCGGUACGGCUCUAUGACCUAAGCUGGAACGUGAGGCAACAGCGUCAGGUAGGUUUUUGUUCGGCGGUUGCGUCGGAGCGUUUCUUUCCAGAAAGUGAGAUCCUCUCCUUCUCCACCUUCCUUCAAUCGUCUCCUAAACUCCCUCUCUCCCCCCCCCCCCCCCCCCCCUGCUAUCUCUGAUGAUGGACGGGCAGUGAAAGUGGUGAUUAGUCGUGAGGUGAAUUUACUUUUCGCACAAGAGCUCGAUCAGUAGUGAUCGAUUGGAACGGUGUACGGUUUAAAACGAUCGGUGGUAUCAAUCGAGUCAAUUUCAAGUCGUAGUCCAGUGAGUCUAGUAGUGAAGCCGUCGAACCGCUAUGAAUUGGAUUGUUAAUGUUUUAGUAAGCAGAAAAAAAAGAUUACCAUAUAAUGCUGAUAUAAUAGUACGCGUAUAGAAAUGAACUAAAGUAUAUUGAUAUGAAUGAAGCGCAGGUGUUGUUGAGAUGGGAAAUGCGGCAUGGGACGGCAUCGCGCAUUGCACAACCAUUGGAAGAGAAUCAAAAUUAUGAGACUGCAUUUUUUGCUUUCGUUUUCGCUCGCCAUAUUUUAUUCGAUCGUGCAACAAUUUGUACCUUUCUUCCUGUUUCUUUCCGCGAUAUGAGUCACAUUAAUAUGCAAUGCAAUAAGGGAGCGUGCGCACGGCACCAUACAAUUGGACCGUAACAGUUUGAUGCGGUUUUAAUUUAAUAUUGCUUUUGUUGCUGCUACCCUUUCUCAAAAGGGGGUUUCAAAUUAAACGUAAAACACGCUAUAGGCGAGGUCUACAGUGUGAAGCAAAAAAAAAAGGGGUAAGGGCAGCUCAAAAGGCUCUGUGAAAGGGAGAGAGAGAGAGAGAGAGGCAAAGGAAAUGUAAGCUUACUAAUCGAACAAAAGAAGUAAUAACGUCGUAAAAAGAUUAAAUAUUGUGAUACUGAUGCAUCUACGGUUUAUUUUACACAGUUAUAUUUUAAGUCGGUAGCAACGUAUGAAUCGCCAGGCAAAUUCCGUUUCGCAAAAGAGAAAACAAAUCAUUAGAUUGCAACACACAACUGCCAAAGUAAAAAUUUGUGGAAAUUAGCAAUUUUCUAUUGUCCGUUUCGUACAAAAUUUUGAAUAUUACACAAUUAGGUUUGGUUGCGCGCAGGCUCGAAUAUGUGCUGGAAGUUGUCCAUAGGUGUGAAACGGCCAAGUGGUGUGGCAGUUCUGCUUGUAGCAGGUCAAAUGCAGAUAGCGAAAUGAACCGCCAAGACGCAAAACAAAGCAACGCAAAUCAUUAUUCAGCAGAAAGGCAAAAAAUAUCUGCGAGCGGGGAUAUAGAAGCAAAUGUAAAAAAGAAAAGCAAAUAUAGUAGAUAGUUUUUACGAAACCACUAACUGGCAGGCACCGUGGCACAUUGCACCUAGAGCGCGCACUGUGAAAGGGUUGGUUUAAGAAGAUGCAAGAAUAUAUUUGGGUCCGUUUCAGGCGGGCAUCGUUUGCAAAGUAAAAGACCGUGGCAAAAGUUAGUGUAUCAGAGAAGAUAUGCGAGAUAUGUUUAUGGGAAGUACAUUAGUAUAAUAGUAAUAAUUUCGAGUCAACAAAUCAAA